AUGGAGGUCCCAGCUCUGGGCUUCAGACCGCUGAUGCUUGUCUUUUUCCUGCUUGGUGCACAUGUUCAGGACACUGACGGAGCAUUUGGUAUCGUUCCAAACAGACUCCAGGUCUUUGAAUACGAGUCCGUCUCUUUCCACUGUGAGGGUCUCGAUGGCUCCGCUCAGCUGAGAGGGAUCAGGAGCUCUGAGGAGUUCAUAUCAGCGUGUGAUGAGAGGGCGCCGGUACUAUCUUGCACUAUCCAAAGAGCCUAUCGAGCAGACAGCGGAGAAUACUGGUGUGUGACUGAGGGAGGAGAGAGAAGCUCAAGCGUCAACAUCUCUGUCACUGCUGGAUCAGUGGUCCUGGAGAGUCCUACUCGUCCUGCGAUGGAGGGAGAGUCUGUGACUCUGAGCUGCAGAAACAAGACGGCUUCUUCCAACCUCACCGCUAAUUUCUAUAAAGAUGGCCGCCUCAUCAGGAGCAGCUCAACGGGAAUCAUGACCCUCACCAGUGUGUCCAAGUCUGAUGAAGGACUCUACAUGUGCAGCAUCUCUGGAGCUGGAAAAUCCCCACAGAGCUGGCUGGCUGUCAGAGCUGGUUCAGUGAUCCUGGAGAGUCCGGUCCUUCCUGUGAAAGAAGGAAACAUCGUGACUCUGAGCUGCAGAAACAAGACGACGUCUUCCAACCUUACUGCUGAUUUCUAUAAAGAUGGCCGCCUCAUCAGCAGCAGCUCUACAGGAAUCAUGACCAUCCACAGUGUGUCCAAGUCUGAUGAAGGACUCUACAUGUGUAGCAUCUCUGGAGCUGGAGAAUCCCCACAGAGCUGGCUGGCUGUCAGGGCACCUCACAGAGAGACGUGUCCCUCCUCAGAUGACUUCAUUUACGUCCUCCUCGUCCUAAGGACUGUGUUCACCAUAGUGAUGGUGGCUCUGCUGCUGCUGCUGGUGGGACUGCUGCAUUCUGGGAAGCUCAGAGUCAAACACAAGUAACUGAU